AUACGCGUCUCACUCGCAUCCAACUGUGAAAACAUCAAAGAAACAAAUUAACAACAUGUAUAAAACAAUUGUGUUUUUAGCUCUUUUGGAAAUAGCGUACAGUGCUGUGCAUUUUCAGCCAUACGUAGAAAAACCUGCCGAGUUUGCCGAUCAAGAAGGGUGCUACAUUCCGGAGUUGAAUAAGGUGUUGCCCUAUGAAGAGCCCUACAGGCCAGCCGACGGCAAACCGUGUGCCAUCUACGUUUGCCACGGCAAUAACGAAACCCAGAUUGAUACAUGCGGCAACGCCAUAGUACCGGACGGUUGCCGCCGCGUCAUCCCGACUCCUGAAAAGACAACUGCGGAAAACUGCUGUGGCGACAUCAUAUGUGAUUAGAAUACGCUGGAAUCUUCCGAGGACCUUUCAAGAUGGUGUUUUUCCUUAGGAGGCCAAUUUAAACUUACAUUGGGACACCAAAAUUAUAUCUAAAUGACGUCAGUCGCGAGUGCAUUUCGCUCAUACUUGUCCGUUCAUGUACCUAUUAGCGCAAGCGAGACAUCAUCUAUUAUUUAUAUUCAGUAUGUGGUAAGGUCCCUAAAAUUUACUUAGGCGCUUAUCACGGAUAAUAUGACAUGGUACAGCAUACUACGAGUACGUCAUUUUCUGACAUAAUAACAUCGUGUUAGUGACGAGCGCCAUAUAUUAUUAUGUAAUGUUGUACGUGAUGUGCGCCCCAAAUAGCGUACGUAUACAUAGGUUGUUAUUUGAUUAAAUAUUUAAUUUAAUUA